AUGAUACUUGAGCUACACAUCAGUAGCGUAGCCAGCCAAUCACCUUUAUUCCUCGUUCUACGUGGGAAUGCAGCGUUUCCGAAAAUUCUCGACAACCGUGUCCAAAUGCUCUUGAGUCUUGACGACCCGAACGCAAUGUCGAACCUUCUUCAAACUCCAGCCCAUGCAGGUGCAGUUCCUUUUUCGCGACCCCCGACUCCUGGAGUCCACCCUCUUCAAAUCGGCUUCUGUGGCCUUGGGGCCAUGGGCUAUUUCAUGGCCCGCAAUCUAGCUACAUCCUUUAAAUCUCAACUCCCGCCUCUCCUCGUGUACAACAGGACUGUGGAAAAGUCCCAGAAGCUCCUCGCAGAACUUGGCGAAUCCGCCGUCAAAGUCGCCGAUACUCUCGGCCAGCUGGCUACGGAGUGCGAUGUUAUCUUCACUUGUCUCGUGAAUGAUGCUGUGGUAACGAGCGUCUACAACGAGUUUGCAAAGGCUCUCGCCCAAACGCCUCCAUCCAAGGUCAAAAUCUUUGUUGAAAUGAGCACAAAUUACCCUGCGCUGGCUGGCGAUCUUGACAGACUGCUGUCAAGCUUUCCACAUACCAAGUUCAUCACUUCACCUAUCUUUGGGCCUCCCCCGGCGGCAGACAAGGCCACGCUUGUUAUUGCCAUGAGCGGAGAUUACCGAUCCAAGAAGGAAGUUGCGUUCCUCCUUGUUCCCGCAGUGGGCCGCAAGGUUAUUGACCUCGGAGGGAAUGUAGAAAAAGCUUCGACAUUAAAGUUGAUCGGUAAUGGUAAUCUCGUCGCUGCCUUGGACCUCCUCGCCGAAACCCUGACACUUGGAGAAAAGUCUGGCAUUGGACAGCAGACUGUUUAUGAUUUGAUUGCAGAUAUCAUGCCAGCACCAGGUCUGCUAGCCUAUGGCAAUAAGAUGGUUAACGACUUGUUUGACGGCUCCGUAGGCUUUGCUAUGGAUGGCGGAAUCAAAGACUCUACUCACGUCCUUCGGCUGUCCUCGGAACUGAACUGCCCGAUGCCUGCAGUUGCUAAUGCACAUUGUAGCAUGAUCACCACACGGGCGAUACACCAGGCACAGGUUGUCUCAGGGACACAGCAGUGGGAUAUCAUAGAUGAGAGCGCAUUGAUUGCGAGCAGCCGAGUUGCUGCUGGAUUGGAUCCAUUUGACAGCAAGAAGGAAUUGUACGAGAAGACUAAGGAAUCACUGUCACAACUGUUUUGCCUGCGUAAACGCAAAUCGCAGCACAAGAAACUUCAGAAGUACAGGAACGCUCUUCCUUACGAGCUCGUGGAGAAAAUCAUCGUAGAUGCAUGGUGCUCCAUUGACGACGCUUCCGCUAGAUGGCAUUUCUUUCGCGUCAUCUCGAUCUUGUCCAAGGUUUGGCGCGACGUGCUCUACGAGGUAGUGUUGCGCUAUGCCUUCAUCGAGACAAUGGUCGAUUUUGUCGCGUAUGAGAGACUCCUCUCGCGUCAUGAGCCAUGCGCUCGAUACGUCUCCAUCGUGCUAAACGCUGUGGAACACAAGCGAUUUCGUGUUGAUGAGAUUGCAAAACAUGUCCCAGAGGCGCGAUUCAUGUGUCUUGCGAUCACAAUGGAUAGGCGGUACUAUUUCGACGCGAUCCUCCAAAAUCUCCUUGUAAAGACGGAAUCCCUCACGCACCUCCGUAUUUGUUGGCCUCCACUCCGCGAUUCUUUUGCAUGCCCCCUUUCUAGCGUCGUCAUUAGCUCAGUGACGCAUUUGCAUAUAGCGCGCCAUCCAUCAGCAUCACUUGGUUCUAUCCUUGCGUCUUUCCCGAACGUAACUCACCUUCGCUUGGGCACACCGUGUUUCCUGAAGAACCUUGUCCCAUAUAUGUCCACAGUUCGAGUUCUUAUCCUCGAUGCCCCACCACAGUACAGCGUGCAUACGGCAGGAUCUCAAGCUCCGGCUCUCAUCUUCCCAAAUUCGGUCCCACUUUGGAAUGUUUGCGACGCACUUGAGCAUGGCUUGCUGAAAUCUGCUGCCAGCUACCCAGGCCGGAUCAUCAUGAAUGCAGGAAAGUCAGACGCGGACAAGUCCAUGAUUACAGACAUUGUCCUGAGCUGCCAGAAGCAUGGGGUGGCUUUUGAAUGCAGACGAAUAUAUCCGCCAUUAUGGCAGCCCGGUCUUUUGGACUCCAGGCGUUGGGACCAUGAUGCAUGGAGCUGA